CUUAACUCAAUUCAAUUUUGAGCACUUGGUCACUUUCUCCAUGGCAACGUAGAUUCGCAUGUAUGGGAAUUGUGGUGUAUGUGUAUGGGUACAUUAAUCAAUGUCAUCACCAGUGCAGUAGUAAUUGAAUCAGUAUCAACUGAAGACAAACGCGGAGACUUGGGAAGCAUGAAGUGUUGUUGCUGGAUACUGAUCUCUUUGCUGUUUGCCAUUGAUAAGGCAAUUGGAGCCAAGCAACCUAAUGUUUUGAUCAUUUUGACCGACGAUCAAGAUGUGGUCCUCGAUGGCAUGCAUCCCAUGAGAAAUGUAAAGAAUUUAAUCGGUUCUGCGGGAGCUACAUUUGAAAAUGCCUAUACCUCCUCACCAUUGUGCUGUCCCUCAAGAGCAAGCAUAUUGACUGGGAAAUAUGCCCAUAACCAUCUAACGUUUAAUAAUUCCAUGAGUGGUGGUUGUUACGGCAGUCAUUGGCGUGCCAAGGAUGAAAAACACACCUUGGCCACAAUACUUGGGAAUGCAGGUUAUAGCACAUUUUAUGCUGGCAAAUAUUUGAAUGCUUAUCAUGGUUUGGAAGUACCUCCGGGUUGGCAGCACUUCUUUGGUCUGCAUGGUAAUUCGGUUUAUUACAAUUUUACCUUGAGGGAGAAUGAUCACAAUGUAAGUUACAACAAUGUUUAUCUAACCGAUCUGUUGCGUGAUAAGACCCUGGAGUUUCUGGAUCAGCGAGACAAGGAAGAGCCAUUCUUGGCUUUCGUUGCACCACCAGCACCCCAUCAACCAUUUACACCGGCUGAUAGGCACAGGGGUGCGUUUAACAACACCAAGGCCAAGAGGACCCCUAGUUUUAACAAGGUCGAUAAAGAAAAACAUUGGCUGUUGGCCACAUCAAAAGAAAUACCCGAAGAAACCCUAAGUUUAAUGGAUAGCUAUUUUGAAAAACGUUGGGAGUCCCUGUUGGCCGUGGACGAAUUGGUGGCCAGUGUUAUUCACAAAUUACAGCAAUCGGGAGAGCUAGAAAACACCUAUGUCAUUUAUACCUCAGAUAAUGGUUAUCACAUUGGACAAUUUGCCCAACCGUUUGACAAACGCCAGCCCUAUGAAACCGAUAUCCAAGUGCCUCUACUGAUUAGGGGUCCCAGCAUAAAACCUGGUGUUACAGUAACAACUCCAACGUUGCUAAUUGAUUUAUUGCCAACCAUAUUGGAGUGGAUCCACCUGCCAUUGGAUCCCCAAAUGGAUGGCCAAUCCUUGCAUCCAUUUCUGGUAAAUGCUGAUAGCUAUGAUGCUGCAGCCGAUAUGUACUAUAAUCGUGGUCUCUUGGUGCAACACAAGGGCGAGGGUAAUUUGAGAACAUAUCGGUCUGAAUGUCCCAUGUGGAAGCCGGAAGAUCGUUUAGCAGAAUGUACUCGAGAGUCAGCUUGUCAUUGCCAGGAUUCAUGGAAUAAUACCUAUGCCUGUGUUAGAAAUUUCGCCUAUGGCAUAAAUCAUUUGUACUGUGAAUUUCAGGAUGAUGAGGACUUUGCUGAAUUCUAUGACAUGUACGAUGAUCCGCAACAGCUGCGAAAUAUGGCAAAACAAAUGCUGGCCAUAGAACGGGCUCUCUACAGUCUGGCUUUGAAAAAUCUCACAAAAUGUGCAGGAGCUGCAUCGUGUUCCAUUCACGUUUUUUAAGAAAGGGAAUUAUUUGAAGGUAAGUUCUUUGCUGUUUGGAUCACUUCCCUUCACGACAAAUGACUUUUGGAAUUGGGUUGAUGUAAACAACGUGAUCAUGCCUAGUUCUUUUCCUUUUGUAAAUGCAAACAGAGUUUGGAUUAAGUUCUUACUUUACUACAAAUGCAAUGUGAUAACAAGGUCCCAAACAUAAAAACAUCACAUCUAAAUAUAAGCUUUGAGCAAAAAUCUGAUUGUGAAGGGUCGACACGUCUCCACCACAAAUAAACCGCCCAUUUAACAACUGGCCGGCCAAACAAAAAUUCGAAUUCUAUUUUAUUUUUAAUUAAGACAAUGUUAUUUAAAUUUAUUUUAUAAUUAUCAUUUUAAUAAUUAUAAGCGAACACACCAUUGAAAA